AUGACUACCGUUCCUCAAGGCCCUGUCGAGGCGCGCUCACUAUCUUCCGUCACCGCGAUCGCAUCGAAUCCCCCCGCCUAUCCACGCAAUCCCACUCACGAGAAACACGACCCACUGUCGCUCUACAUUGUGCGCGUACCAGGGAGCAAGGAUAUAUUCCUCUCGCCUCUCAAACCACCAACGAAAUCCAGCGUCUCAGCUGAGGCUAUAAACGCCUCGCUCUACUACCUCCAUGUCGCAACACCCGAUGACGACACCCUCCUACAGGAAGUGGAACAAGAGCGCGAAGAGGAAGCCCAGUUCCGUAGAGAACGCCUCGAAGCAGCAGGCGACGACCCGGCGCAGCGCGAAUUCGCUCGACUGAACAAUGUUCGCCGCAAGCCUGUAGGCGGAGGGGGAACAGGCCCAUCCGAUUCCAUCCAUGAACUCCCAGCACUGCCACAGGAACCCGCUGCGCCAGCUUUGCCCCCACGGCCGAUCUUCGUCCCGCAAAUCUCGGCGGAGAAUGUUUCGUUCGCUGGGACUCCCAUUGCUCUUGCACAGCCAGGUUUUGGUGGGCCUGAGGGGCAUCCGGCAGACUCUGGUGUCAAAAGCGGUGUCCAGCGACGACCGUUACCUCCUCUCCCGCCGGGUGAAGAGUCGUGGACAGAUUCCCCGGCGGGUGAGGACCCGUAUAAACGGUCGAGUAGAUGGAGCGCGUUUGCGGGUCACCUACAAAACAAGGGAUUGGAGCAGUGGAAAGAAAGAUAUGGGGCGUUGUCGGCUGGCCGUCAUAGUCUUGACUCUCCUAGGCCGCAAUUGAGGCCUCGUUCAUCGCAUGACCGCACCGGAUCAGGAUCUCCGAAUAGGAGCCCUGGGCAAUCACCUUCAAGGUCGAAGAACGCUUGGAGACCGCCGUCUAGCAAUGCGGGCUUCCAUAUUACGCUUAUUCGGCGAGAUCCCACGUCUGGCACGCAAUGGAAUGUUGCGACUAUCUCGACUCCACGAAUGGACCGCAAUUCCGUUGAUAUUGAGAUUUCUACACCGGGAUACAACCGAUUCGCAGGUUCCAAUGAACCACUUUCAUUGUCCAGCCUGGCUGGGAAUCUACCUCCAGGUCUAGGUCGUCUAUCUAAUUCUGCGAUUCCCCAAGCCCUAAGCACUGAACAACCAAGAGACCAACAGCAAACCGGGCCCCGCAAAUUCCAGCGUCAGCUUUGCGUUUCAAAGCCUUUUGACGAUUCGGCUCCCCCGGAUUGCAGCAACGGUCACAUCCCAGAAAGCCAAUCAAAGCUGAAAAGCGGCUACUAUGUCUUCACCUCGCCCUGGAACGGCACUUGCACCUUCUCAAGCAGCGUCAACGGCCGCAGUCUAAAAUGCAAACACAUGAUCCCCCAUCCCCCCGGCGCAGUCCAACCAAACGGCGAAGCCGAAGCACCACCGGCAGUGACAGUGGCCGAGCUGCGCUUCAACACCCCAUUCCAAGCAGCCAACCUACACUCGCACGCCCACCACGCCAACCACAAACCACACCCAAACCAUGUCUCGCCCUUCUCGCAAAGCCAACAGAGUCCAUCUUUCCCCCGCUACGAUACCAACGACGUACAAACCCCAGCUUCAAGCAUGGGCCCAGACGGACUCCCCCAGCCCAACUACCAAAACCCCGAUUCCACCAACACCCCCAAACGCCCCUCCUCCUUCUCAAACCUCCUAAACCCAAACAGCUACUCCCGUCCGCGCGCCCACUCAGGCCCAGGCUCAACACCCUCCUUCCAAUCCUCCCAGUACAAUUCUCCCUCCAACAUCAACACAAACACAAACACCCCAACAGACCUCAAACAACCCUUCAACCCAGGCGCCCUCCUCCGCCGCACAUCCCUCCGUGCCCAACGCUUUGCCCGCCAAAGCCACUUCUACGCAAACCCACACGGCCACCCACCCCACUCCGGUCCAGGCUCCAAUUACCAAGCUCAAUCCCGACACAAUCGCAGUACGAGCGCGAGUUCUGGGCAGGAGUUGGAUUACGAUUCUGAUGAGGAUCGUUUGGAUCUUUCGCUUGCGAGGGAGAAUGCUGGUGGUGGUUUGCGUGGGAAAAGUGCUAAGCUUGGGAAGUUGGUUAUUGAGGAUGAGGGGAUUAAGAUGCUUGAUCUUGUCGUUGCUGCUUGUAUGGCUGUCUGGUGGAGAGGGUAUUAUUAUUAG